GUUUCUUGGGCUCUUCCAUCUGCAUCUAGUGUUCCGCGUGUGAGCCUGGGCCCUCCCCAUACAUGGAUCAGUAACUGAUAUGUCUAUCUGGGCCAUCUUGUGCCCCUGAAACUGGACAUGGCUCCUUCCUUCCUAAGACACAUAUCAUCAUCUCAUCGUCGAUCGUUGUCUUGUUCCUGGAAUCCUUCCACAGACCGGGUUCCUAACAGGACGCACUUCCUAGCAGGACACACACCAAAACGACAACACGCUCCACCCGCAUAUCAUGGCCAACGUCAAGAGCUCGGGUUUAAUCAUAAUCGACACGCCUUGUCACACCGGCUUCGCCCCCAACGGCACGGAAGAAAGCAAGGAGGGACCUCCGAGGAAAGCCCCGGUCGUACGAAUACGGUGACCACUCAUCCCAACCCACGCUCUCGACGCUUGUAAGGCAAAAGCAAAGAAAAAAGCAGAUUGUCACUGGGCUGACCCCAUGGGAUCUUCGACCGGCCCUGCCCCUUUAUCGCCGUCGACGAUCCGGAGAAGCAGAA